CAAUUGCACGAAUACCGGGAACAGAGUGUUAUGUAGUGAUGGGCCACGCAACAGGGGAGACUGUUUGGCUUGCGUAUAUGUUUAUUAUAAAUACCAAAUAUAUGAAGCCAUCUCGUUACGUGUUUUGGGUUUUCUUUUGUUAUGUUGCUG